AUGGGCUUUUUCGCUGGCUUUUUCAGCGGGUUCGCCCUCACCACCUCCGUCCUCUACAUAACCGUGCAAGUGCACCGCUCCACGCGCCUGGAGCAGCGCCGAGCCAUCCGCGAACAAGUCGACCAAAUUAACUGGCUCGCCUCUUCUGCAGGUGCCUAUGACCGGCGCUUUGCGCCGAAAGAAAAAGAUCUCCGGGAUAUGGAGGACCGGCGGCGAUCGGCGGCCCAGCAGCCGCCGACGAUGAAAGAGGUUCUCAAACAUCGGUGGAACCAAGAGGUUGAGAUCCUGGCGAGGAAGGCAUACGAGAGUCGUUGGGAGGAUGUGAGGAGUACCGCUGUUGAAGGGUGGAGCGCUGUUCUGCGGUUGGUGAAGAAGGAAUAA